CUCCGCCGCCGCCGCCGCCGCCGCCGCCUCCGCCGCUGCCUCCGACUCUCCCGAUCACCCUCCUCCCAGACCACACAACCAAGAUGCCCAAAUCCAAGCGGUCAAAGGUGGUGCACCUCACCAGCGUGACCAAGAAGACGCGCGAGCAAAAGGAGCAGCUGUUUGGCAACAUCCGCCAGUGCGUGCCCGAGUACCAGCACUGCUUCGUCUUUAGCGUCGACAACAUGCGCAACAACCAGCUCAAGGACCUGCGGCGCGACAUGGCCGACAGCCGCAUGUUCUUCGGCAAGACAAAGCUCAUGGCCCGCGCCCUGGGCCAGACGCCCGAGGACGAGCAGGCCGACGGCAUCCACGGCCUGGCCCGCCACCUAACCGGCACCGUCGGGCUCAUCUUUACCAACCGGGACCCGUCCGACGUGCUUUCUACCCUGCAGUCCGUCAGCGCCAUCGACUUUGCCCGCGCUGGCGCCGUCGCGCCCCGCGGCUUCCGCGUGCCCCCCGGGGUCGUCUACAGCACGGGCGGCGAGGUGCCCGCCGAGGACGACGUGCCGAUGGCGCACUCGAUCGAGCCCGAGCUACGCAAGCUGGGCGUGCCGACGCGCCUGGUCAAGGGCAAGGUCGUGCUGGGCGCCGAGGACGGGUCGGGCAGCGAGGGCUACGUCGUCUGCCGCGAGGGCGACGUGCUGGACGGCCGGCAAACGAGGCUGCUGAAGUUGUUUUCGGUGUGCCUGAGCGAGUUCAGGGUGCGCGUGCUUGCAUACUGGUCUGCCGCGUCCUCCGAGGUCACCGAGGUCGAAGCCGACCCCGCCGCAGCCUCCAUGGAGGAAGACAGUGACUGAAAUAGUCCAAAAACCCCUUUGCUAACGACGAUUUCACGGCUUUGACAUUUCGUUUCCUCCUUCACCCUCUGUUUGACGGUUAUCCAGUAGAUGUAGAUACCCGUUACUCGUCAAGGGUCAUAUCGGCGUCAUGGUUCAAAAGGCUUUGUUUGGGUUCCUUUUCUUUCCAUUUGCUUUGGUUUUGUCUCACGGAGUGGUGCAACGAAGCACAAGCCGAUCGGGCUGUCUAGUCCGCGGCGACUGCUCCUUCCCUCCGGCGGCGUUGGGUACCAGGUAUAGAAAAUGCAUCACAUCGACACCUGCGCUAACUAGCGCUAACUAGCGCGAGGGCGUCACAAUAUUCUGCAACCUACCGCUCCGCGCAAAGAGCUUCAAUAUUUCUAGAUCUACGCAGCUCAGAACGAUACUAUACCGCCCCUGUUCCGCUUACUUGCUUUUAAAGACGUACAUGAUGGCGGCGGGCUUGACCGCGCCGCCUCGCUAUACCCUGGAGGAUCUGCAGCGGUCAGUAAGGCAUAUACGUCCUUACCUCUGACCUUACCUCGACGGCUCGCUUCAAAUGUCCAUCCAGUUCCCAGAGCCGUAUCGAGCCACAUCUCACCUCGCCAUUAAAUCCCUGGGAUCUCAAGUGAUGCUAUGAAGUACAAAAAAAAGAGAGGGGGUGGAAAAAAAAGGUAUUGAAACAAAAAGGAGUGCGCGGGUGGCUGUCUGUGCACGGGUCGGGGUUGUCGACUCCUGGGUAAGACUGAAGUGGCCGAUGAGGAGACGUGGCCGAGUACCUUCUUGGAACUGCCGAUUGAGAGGGCACAAGACGAAUGUUUCCAUCGGCGGACAUGGUAUGUCCUGGUGAUGAUAUGCAGCGAGAGCAAAAGCCCUUCAGCG